CAUAAUGGAAGUAAUUGUGUGACAGAUAUGUCAAUCGUGACAUGCGAUAAAUUUAGGUUAUGUUUUGGAUACAUUCUGCAAAUAAAAAAUGUCAACAACCUGUUAGUCUUGACAGCUGACAACAGGAAAUUAUAGAAAACAUCAUGAUACCAAUGAAAUCAAUUAUUAUAAAUUUGAAACUUGUGCUAAUACAUGAGCGAAAAAAAUGAGGAAUUGUUUCAGUGGGAGAUCUUUUUUUUUCUACUAAUUUCAAAACUUAAACAUGCGUAUCAAAACAUAAGUUAAUGAAUCUCUACCAAAGGUACUAGGUUUAUAGAUGUCACAAAACAAGUAACUUAAAAAAAAACGUACUUUAGAAAACUUUCUCAAUCGUUCCAACCCAGCCCUAAAUCUAGUGACCCAACACACAACCAUUACGUCAAAAUAACUUUGACGUCGUUACGAACUUUAAACUUCCCCAUGGAACAAAUCGAGUAUUUCAUCUCUGGCGGAUUCGGUGGCGUGUGCACUGUCCUCGUUGGCCAUCCUCUCGACACCAUCAAGAUCCGCCUCCAAACCAUGCCCCCGCCCCAACAUGGCCAGCCGCCCCUCUACACCGGCACCUUCGACUGCUUCAAGAAAACCCUAUUCAACGAAGGGCCCCUAGGUUUAUACAAAGGUAUCAGCGCCCCUCUCGCCGCCGUCAGCCCUAUUUUCGCCUUGUCUUUCUUCGGUUUCGGCACGGGCAAGCGCUUUUUCAGCGAACCUGGCCGCCAGCUCAGCUACCCCCAGCUGUUCGCCUCCGGCGGUUUCGCCGGUCUGCUCACCAGCAUCGUCAUGACGCCGGGAGAAAGGAUCAAGUCUUUGCUGCAGAUACAGACGACAGGGCCGAAAGUGUACAACGGAUCCAUCGACUGUGCUAGGAAGUUGUUCAAAGAAGGGGGAAUCAAGUCGGUUUAUAGAGGCUUCGGAGUGACGAUCCUGAGGGAUAUUCCCGCCGGUGGGGCCUAUUUUAUGACGUAUGAAGGGAUUAAGGAUUAUGUGACAAGAGACACAGGGAGGCCACCUACUUUUUUAGAGACGGUGUUCGCUGGGGCAUCGGCGGGGGUGACGCAUUGGUUGGUGGGGAUGCCCCCGGAUGUGGUGAAGACGAGGAUCCAGACGGCGCCUACCGGGAAGUACCCUAAUGGAAUUAGGGACGUCGUGAGGGACUUGCUGAUAAUGGAAGGGCCUGUUGCGUUCUACACGGGACUUACUCCGGUUAUGCUGAGGGCUAUUCCGGCGAACGUUGCGUGUUUCGUGGGGUUUGAACAGUGUGAACGGAUGUUAGCGGCUAUAAAGCGUUGGUGGGGGAUAAGCUAGUAGUGUGGGGCGUGACGUCAUAGUUUAGCGCUAGUAACUGUUAAUUAUAUGAUCUAAGUAUUAUUACUUUAUUAACCAACUGUUAUCAGUUGGUUAAUAAAACGACCAAAAAAAUAAUAGAUUAAAAAAAACACCCAACACUUUCCUAAUUAGUAAAAAAAUAAGACACUUCAAUUACGAUGAGCAGUGUACCUCUCGAUUCUUGCAGGAAUCACCAUAUAACGCAGGCAUAGAUUUUUACGUCCGUUGGGUACAAGAUUUUAAAUGCAAGGUUACGACCUCCUUAAUUCUUUAUUUCUCAACAAUUACUAUUUUACGUUAUUUCAGAAUUUAAUAUAAUAAAUUCUUUGUUCUAAAAAUACUCGUAAAAUUGAUUACGAAUUAUUUUCAAACUCAUCUCUGAAAGGGAAAAAGCAAGUAGCUACGUCAGAAUGAGUAACAGUAUAGUAUCAAUUUUCUGUUUGGAAAUUGGACAAAUUCAGCUUAAACUAUGCUUCGCUUUAUGUACGUUAUUAUUAAAUGUAUGUGUUAUAUUAUUUAUUAUCAUUAAGCUCUUAAACUCAUUACUAAAAAUAACUAAAUUGUCUUCUUCAUUCAUAAUUUAAUACAUUUAUUGAAAGAUAAAUGAGUAAAUACUGAAUUAUAUGCUAAAUUAUUUAUUAUUUCCAGUCAAUAGCAACUCGUUUAUUUUUUACAUUAUAUUAUCAUUUUUGUAAUUUUAGACAAUAAGUUAAAUAAUACGCCGCCCCGGCCUAUGGGUUCUAGUAUGUACGGCGAUGAUGACUCAUUGGCGAUGAUGGCGGCCGGAGAAAAGCCUGGAAGCAGAAGUCGAGAUGGGCAAUCCAGAAAGACCUCGACUGGCUUUAAAUAGAGGCCACCUUCGGGAGCGAUUAUUAUUCAGCAAAUUCAGUCAAGUCGCGUCCAGCGAAUGUUCAGAGAAGCCAGUUGCACCGGAAUUAUUUUGUACAUAAUCGCUGUGUAAUCAGUCGUGUAAAUUCGAGUUAUUAAGAAAUAAAUUGUUGAGUUUUA